UUCUCAAGGAAACAAUUAAUUCCAUGACCAGAUUUACAGGAACAACCUAUCCAGGAAGAGUAUCUGCAAACAGUGAGGUGCAUACACUGGGUAUAUUAUGUCCAAGCCACUCCUUCCACAGCUCACUCCUUCCCAGACACCUGCUCUCCGUCUGCAACAACUCUGAGCACCUUCUCCAGGGGAUGUGAAUUCGGGUCGGUCUUUAGCUCUGAAAUCAGCAACAGCUGUAAUAGGGGAGCAGUUUUUUGGAGACAGUCCCAGCUCAGGAAAGAGCAUCAGCUUCACUUUGUUACCCAUACAAGUGAAACAAGUGUAUCUAAAGUUAUAUAUUAUACAAGACAGAGGGGGACGACAGGGGUUUAUCAUUAACCUGAAGUCUGUGAGAGACAUUAUAAGGAGAGAAGAAGGAAAGGCGCUGGAGAAGCAGGCAGGAUGGACUCCUCCGAAAAAAUCAAUAACCCUGCUGACAUCUCAGUCAUAGUCAUCUAUUUUGUGGUAGUCCUAGCAGUGGGACUAUGGGCCAUGCUCUCAACAAACCGAGGGACUGUGGGUGGAUUCUUCCUAGCUGGACGGAGCAUGGUGUGGUGGCCGAUUGGUGCGUCUCUGUUUGCCAGUAACAUUGGCAGUGGGCACUUUGUGGGUUUGGCAGGCACAGGAGCGGCUGCAGGAAUUGCCACUGGAGGAUUUGAAUGGAACGCCCUGAUAUUUGUGGUGAUUCUUGGCUGGUUGUUUGUUCCCAUCUACAUCAAGGCUGGGGUGUUGACGAUGCCAGAAUAUCUCAAGAAGCGGUUUGGCGGCCGACGGAUUCAGAUGUAUCUGUCAGUCCUUUCUCUGCUCCUCUAUAUUUUCACCAAGAUCUCGGUGAGUUAA